CUUUUAUUUGCAAAUUCGCUUUCUUGCCAGCUUCCUCGACCUUUUAUCGCAUCCCCGCCGCCGACAACGUUGCCCACGACAUGCUCGAAGCGUAGAACGCCUUCGACAUCGACGAGCACAACUUGUAUCUAAUGGCCGCGUACCUUCCCCUCCUAGUCGGCUCUGUCGCCAACAACAACGCCAUCUCCGAUGACUCCUCCGUCACCACCCAGCCCAGAGGCCAGGUAGACUAUCUCUCCCACCAAUGGCUCGAGGAGGACGUGUGGAAGUCAUGGCGGAACAUGACGAAGCAGAAGAACGAGAUUGCGAACGGCGCGCGUCUCGAGAACGCGAGCUGGAGAACCUGGUGGAAGCAGAGGAAUGGGUUGAAGACGAUCAGCCCAGAGACGCUCAACUGGCUGAAGGACUCGGAUGUCACAUGGCUCUAUGGUCCGCUUCACACGGCCGUCGAGUGGACGCCCCCGCCAAAGCCCAAGCCAGAUCCCACAUCUGUCGACGACAGAGCCGCUGCUUCCGCUCAUGACCGUCUCAACCUCUCCUCGCCGUAUAUUCGGCAUAAACCUAUUUUGAAGCACCGCAGUAUAUCGGAGCUUCUGACGAGCGAACUUCCCGCCAGCCCCCUCUUCAGUCCCGCCGAGAGCGAGGACGAGGGUGAGGGCAAGCUGGGCGCAGGGCACAACGGUCACCUGGACACCGUUCCCGAAGCCGAGGAGGAGGACGACUCCUCGAAGCGCCCCUCGCUCAUGUACACGAAGUCUGAUUCGCACAUUGCGAAGUGGCCUGAUCGCACGUUCCGCAAGGACUCCCCUCCUCGAGUCCCUCCCCCCAAUCACCCGUCGGAGCAUGAGCAACGCCCGACUCACCACCUCUACUCUCAUAACAGCGAUCCUUCCAAGCAGAAGAAGCAUAUCAGCUUCAACACCUUCGUCGAGCAGUGCAUAGCUAUCGACAAACCCUCCGAGCCUGGAUCGACACCCAUCGAUAGCGCAGCACCGACCGAAGUCGUCCUCGGCUCUGACGCAUGGCGGCACAAGGCUGGUCUCAACAAGGCACAUUGGGUUGGCUAUGACGAGUACGACGACGAAGACGACGAAGAUGAUGAUGGCGAGGGCUCUCCCUGGGACAACACUAACGAGAGCGCUAUCGGCAGUGACGAAUCCGACGAGGAUGACGAGGGUUUCAUCCAGAUGCGCGGAUCAUCGUAUCAUCAGGCGCCCAACAAGCCGCGGUCCAAGUCCAAGACAUCGGACUCCUCUGCAUCCACGUCCUCGUCGUCGUCCACGGGCUCUCGCCCACGGCGCAAGUCGUCAUCCGGAAACCGCCUGGCGCCUUCCUUCCACCGCGCUAAUGGCCGUAAACCGACUCUGGAAGAGCCCAAGCCGCCCGUUCACGUCACUAUAGCGCCUAUUGCCCCGACGAUGCUCAAAGUCGGCAAGGAGCCCGAGGACAGCGUGAACGGCUGGACCGAGGGCCUCGGCGAUGACGGCGACGACGACAGCGGUUACAAGUAUUACGGCAAAUGGUCGCCGAACAAUCACAGCGAUGUCAACGCGCCCGUCGAGUUGGUCUACGCUCCGCCAAAUGGCAGGCAAGCUGACCAGUUUGACGCUGUCGAGAGCCCUACGCCGCGUGUCGGAUUUGGGCCGCACAGCGCGGUCGCUCAGGAUGAGGGCGCGGAGGAGGAGCGCGUCGACGAUGUGGACGUGCGCGAGGACAAUGGGCCAGAGGACGCAGGCGCGCACAAUGUAGGCGUGCGCCAGGUCGUGCCCGUCGUGACCAGGACAUCCCCCACGACGGUGUCACGAGAUUUGGAGGACGAGGACUUGCGGGAGGAGGACGCAUACGAGUACUUCUCGAGCCCAGACAUGGGUUCGUCGGAGGACUUCGGUGCGAGGAGGAGUACGCGUGGGGGGAGGGAGGAAAGGCGGGAGAAGAAGCAGGAGAUAGAGGAGGUUCCCAGAGGACGUUCGCGUUCACGUUCAAGAUCAAGAACACCGUCGCCGCAGCUAGUCUCGCCAUCGUCGAAGGCAGAUGUCUUAAUACCACGAUCAUCAUCCGGAUCGUCUCUACUUCCGCCAACUGUACGCGGCCGGCCGACAUCACCAACACAUUCUACACCCAGCCGCGGGCGGUCAUCCACUCGGACGUCUUCAUCACUUUCGGACCGUGGCUCGCCGAUUGGCAGCAUUGGAAGCUGUAGCUCGAGUAGUUUGUCUCCUGAAGGCAUUACGUCCCCAGGCAGCGCUUACGCGAACGGCCGUUCGAACGGACGAGAACGAGAACGAGGGCGGGAUCGGUCGGGCAAGCGCUUGAACUCUAGUUUGAGCCCUGGCUCCCCGGACCCGGUUGAUGGGACGCGCGUCAGCCUCGAUGCGGUAGCGGCCAGCGCGGUGGCGGACAAGAACUCGAGCAACAGCACGAUCAACGGCAACGCGAGCGACACUACGAUCAACACGCCGGUUGCGCAGACUGGUCACAACGAGGUGCAGGCGAAGACCAAUGGGGUCCCCAGCGGUAUCACGAAGUCACGACCCGUUGUCGCCCCGUCCACGCCUGCGCCCACGUCACCUACGCGCACGCAUGCGAAGUCGUUUAGCGUCUCGCUGCCUGUUGUCUCGACGAGUACGACACCGCCAUCGAAGAGUCCUGAAGACUCUCCUAUACGUCGUUCACCGUCCUCGCCUUCGUCUCCCGAUCACGUCAAGUCGUCCAGCGUCAACGCCCUUCAGCACAAUAUGGACCACGAAGGCGGUAUCGUGGGUCGCGCCAUCGACGCCGUCUCGCACGCCGGUGCUUUCCUCGGGUUAUGGCACAAUCAUCACCACAACCACCACGCUACGCAGGGCUCGCAGGCCCACUGAGGGGCUGCUCUGGCGUAUUGUAGGUCGGCUUAUUCACUAUUUAUCUUCCUCGCAUGCACUACACCCGGCACCGUCCACACGGUGUCGGACCCCACCCCACCACCAUUUACGUGUAAUUCCUACCGUCUUCCAUACGCCUUGUCUCACCCCUUCUCGCUUGCACCUUUGCCUCAUCUGUUCUGGACCGCGUGGUGGCAUUUGGCCCGUGUUCGUCGUCUGCAGCCUCGAGUUCGUCGGGACAUCGUAUGAUACUAAUGUCCAUUAGUGUACAUAAUUGCUUGGCUUCGCAGUUCGCAGCUUAUAUCCCCCCUGCUUUUGACUACCAAUCUCACUUUCAAUCGUCUCACUCGCAUUGCCUACUCGCCUGAACAUUCGCGUACAAUACCUCGUGUGGUACCAUUGAUUCGCGAGCUCGCCAAUAGAUUGCAUGGUUUGCAUGA